AUGAUGUUGGUUGUAGCGAUCAGAUUUCUCUACGCGACUACCAGCAUGUCGAUGACAGUAGGGAAUGUGGUUUUUGUCGGAAAUAUACCAUACGAUAUUUCUGAACGCCAAAUGACAGAAAUUCUUGAACAAGUGGGUCCUGUAAAGCAGUUCAAGCUGGUUAUGGAUUUGGAAACCGGUAAUGGAAAAGGCUAUGGAUUUUGUGAGUUUUUUGACAGUGAGACAACUGCUUUAGCUGUUCAACGCCUUAAUAAUCGUGAAUUUUUUGGACCUCGAAAAAUCCGUGUGGAAUUCCCUUCUAAUGACCCCAGAAGACAUCAGAAUUACGGAUUUCAAGAAAAGCAUGGAGACCCUUCUUCCUCAUAUGAUCCUUCUCACGCAACUCCUCGAUAUCCUUCUAUUCAAAACGCUCCUCCUCAUCUUCGUCCUCAUUCCCUUGCUUCGAACGUGCAUCCCCCUCAUGCCUCCGACUAUAGCAUUCCCACUAUGCCGACUACUUCUUCUAUUCCACAGACGUCUUCUGCUACCAGUGAAUUUAAUACGCAAGCAAAUUUAAAUACAGCACGCCGGGGUCCUUAUCCAGCUUCUUCAUACCAUCCUUAUACCUCGUCUUCUGGGGUUCCACCAGCUGUACCUUCGUAUCCUGUUCCAUCUACGGCUACUCCUUCUAUCUCAAGUACACCCUCUGCAACGCCUUUACCUUCCACUGGUAGCAAAGCCGGUACCGAAGCACCACAACCUUACUCCGUUCCUCCUUCCGUUGCCAAAGUUUUUUCAUCUUUCACGGCACAAGAAUUACUAACCAUGCUUACUCAGCUUCAAACGGUGGUCCAUGUAGCUCCUGAUGAGGCUAGACGCUUAUUAAAUGCAAAUCCCGCCCUUCCUUAUGCUGCCUUCCAGGCCAUGCUUUUAAUGAAUAUGAUUGAUUCUCGUGUAUUACAACAGGUUGUUUUGUCAAUGCGUAAUAAUCCUACUCCUCCUGCUCCUCAGGCUCCUUCACGUCCAACUUCAACCGCUCGUCCUGAUACUUCUGCAAAUAAAGAUCCUACGAACACUGAAGCAAAACGAAUGGCACUUAUAAAUCAACUUAUGACACUUACUCCCGAACAAAUUCAGUCUUUACCACCCGCACAACGAGAACAAAUUAUUGCAAUUCGUCGACAGCACGGUGCUUUCUAG